CAGUCACAUGGUUCCCAUCACUCUUGUGGGUUCCCAGUCUGUCACCUUCAGCCUACUAUGGAUGCUAAAAAGUCUUCAUUUUUUCGACCGAGGUACUUUUCUCAGACAGUCUUCUUCCUCUCUGUGGUCGUGCUCAUUGCAACUCAAGCACUGCAGAACGAACAGGCUAACAGUCGGUGGAUCGUUGGGAAUGAACAAUGCAUGGUGGCGGCACCCCAUUGCGUCCGAAUACCACUGUCAUUCAACGAAACGUGCCUUGGUAACCAUUUGCCUUACCGGCUGACCGCUCCGCAUCCUGUGGUCGAGGAUGUUUCACACUACCAGCUUCACGUAUGGACGCCCCUCCGGAGUAUUCCAGCCUGCUGGGAUAAGUUACAGUUCUUACUGUGUUCCGUUUACUUUCCGGAAUGCAUUGAAACACAAGACAAAUGGCCAUAUCAAGGCUAUCCUCCUCAAGUGAAGUCCGCGAAUGCCACAGGGGACUCUGUGUUCCCUCCUGCCGCCCUGUCUGAUGUUGAUGUUCAUACUCAUUCACGCGAUAGUUUAGCCGUCCAUCCUCCUCGUGUUGUGUUACCCGAAGCAGAAAUGUGUGAGGCGGUACACAAGGCGUGUCCACUGUUGCUUCGUUUUGGUUCGCCCGUGGUUGUGAGUGGUGAUGGACUGGAGGUGGAUGCUCCAUUAUUGCACCCGCUUCCUCGAUUUUUUGAUUGCUCAUUAUAUCCUCGUGGAUGCCGAAAGAACAAGCUCACUUCUCGCCUUUUUCAAAACAAUGAAGUUGAUUGUGAAGCUCCGCUUGUGACGACGGCUGUCCGUCAGAAUUGUUUGUGCUUCUCCAAACUGUCGACUAUUUACGAAGGCAAACAGAUGGAGUGUGCUCACUCACCCACCUAUGUGGGUGGGAACUCUGAAGUUUCCGAUCGGAUACCUGGAAUUGAACGAUGCAGUUUUCCAUGUCAACGACCGCAUUUCCAUCCGGAGCAUUACCGCCUCGCUCGCUGGCUUACUGGAUUUACUGCAGUAAUAUGUCUUUGCAUCAAUGUUGCAGCACUUCUGACCUUACGAAUGCAACAGUCACGACGCAUCGCAUUCUGGACCAAGCUGGUGACUAGAACCAAAUCCGAUGCGCAGUGCUGUCACAUCACGACCUCUUCGGGGUCUGUCACGAGAACGGGUGACACGGGUGCCAGUGGUGCAGUUAGUACACCACGUCGUGUGAAGUGGACAAAAUCUGGUCGACAACUGCUCGAUUCCAAAUGUUUCUAUCUACCAUUGUUCUACAUUCACUUGUUUUUCCUCAUCGGCUGCUUUGGCUGGUUGAUGCCCCUUCUUCCUGCUGGAAUUGGAGAAAUGAUUGCUUGCCGUCUGGACGGAAGUUUGCGUGUAAAGGAACCUCAAGUCAGCUCUGGCCAGUCGCUGUUGUGCAUUCUGAACUUCAUCCUCAUCUACUUCUCGCUUAUCGCUGUGUCUACAUGGUCCACUGUAUUGGACUACCUGUUGCUGACUCGAACUCGCCAUGUGGUCCGCUAUGUAACAAACUCCAUGCAUUCACAACAUGCCGGGAACAAUGCGGGAACAGAUCUGUAUCUGCCCUGCUCGCGCGAGUCGAUUCAUGUGCACAAUACUUGUCAACAGUCUGCCAUCAAUCCUAUCAGUCAGCAACCUAGUGGUGACCACGUGGUAAUACCUAGUUCGCCUAGCGCUUCACUGGAAAAGACUGGUCUCUUGGAGUCGAGAAAAUCUGUAACAUUUCCACCAGUGGAUGCCAAUUCGAAACCAGUGGUUCCCGAUCCGAACUCGUCCGGUUCCGUUUUGACAACUAACUCCAAAUCGCAAAUCCGUCUCGAUAUGCUACCCGAGAGUGAGUUCAACGUGAAAGAAGUAAUCCCCUUGGACAAGCCAACAACAACUCAGCGGCAGUCUCAUCAAGAACGAUACUUUAACGAUGAGAUCUACCCAUGUUUUAGUUUUUUGUUGACUUGCGCACAUGUUCCAUCGUCUUUUGUAGAAGAGGUCCUGUCCAAUGAAGAACCAGGUGAAAGCUCGAGUAAUGCUGGACCCUCAAAUGUUACUGGAGAAACAAAAUUGACAUCGCUUAGUGAAAACACGACGCCAUGCCGAAAAACGUCGUGCACCAAAACAGUAACACCGGAACCCAUAGUAUUCUAUGCUACACAAGCCGCGUUCCCAUUCAUUCAGACUCCUUGUCGAAGCAGACAACGUUUUCACCGUCCUUCGAAGCAGUCUUUGGACCAUCAUGUGUCGUCGGCUGGCUUUUCCGAUGCAUUUAACUGUCCUAAGUGUGUCGCAGUUGAGGUAUCCCACGGUCGCCGUCACUUGCGAAGCAAAUCUCCACCGUCCGCUUGCUUGCAUCUGGUGGCUUUUGCCAUUCCCUUCGUGCUGGUUCUGAUAAGUCUGACCGUUGCAGAGAUUGAUGGGGAUUCUCUGUCCGGCAUUUGUGUUGUCGGUCGUGCCAAUAUUUGGGCUCGUUUGGGGCUUGUUCUCAUCCCCUUCUCCGUAUGUCUCUGUGUGAAGUGCGCCUACUUAGGUCGCCUGAUCCACCAAAUGAACGAGCUCCGUCGGUGCCUGUCCAAAUCCCCAUUUAUUAUGGACCAAGAUCGUUCCCACCGCUUCGGCCGCUGCGCUCACUCCUACGGCAUAUUUUUGAUUGCUCUGAUCUGCCUUUGGGCUUUCUCGGUCGGUGUGCAGUCCUACGUCCUCAUCAGUGAACCUGCUUGGUUGUCUUCCCAACGUUCACUAGUAAUAUGUCGGCUUAGGUACCGCCUUCUUGGUCUGGAUGAGAAUUCAGCUCAUCUGGCGUGUAUGAACACCGACCCAUCAAUCGUCUCUCAUACGAACUCUGCCUUCAAACAUAAUAAUCACACAUUUCAAUCUGAGCACUCCUACACGCCGACCGUUCAGUCCAUCGGAGGCUCACAGUCCACCGAAUCAAUACAGAAACCUCGGACUGGACCGAUUCUGCUCCAUUUGUUAUCGUAUUUUGCCCUGAACCUCAUUUUCGCUUCCGUUUGUCUACUGGAUCGGUCUGUAAAAUACUGUUGGUACGCGUCCUUCCGGAAUUGUUUCAAGUUUGCUUCCAGAAAAGCCCCGGCUUCGGCUGAGCAAGGUUCAUCCAAUAUGAAUGUUGGCGAAUUGAUCGAAACAUUGCUCGCCGGUGAAAUUGGUGGAUUCAGUUGGUGGGACCCGGGCAUUUUCAAUCUACCAUACAACCCUUUGUUCGUUUCAAACAUGACUAUAGUCGAUGACCGGUGUUCGUGCUCUGCACCUCAGCCAAAUUCUGAUACGAAGCUUGGAUCUCCGUGUAAAUCUGCGGCUCAGAAGAAGCCCCGGCGUUCGGUGAUCGAUUCUGUUCUCGCAGACACAACUUGUUUGUCUCAUUCAAGCAGUGAUUUCCCUUCUCAGUUCAUCUCAGUCCCCAGUCCCUCCGGAAUUCCGAACGAGCACGAUCUUGUGGCCCAACUUGCACGACUUAUCUCCUACUACGAAAACUCGGCUCCCGAUGAUCCUGCAUUGAUACUCUUUCGCCAUCUCCGUCAACAGCUGAUGACCUCAGUUAGUUCCUCCGAUCCUCGAUCAACACAAUCCGCUUCACUUCAUGCCGGCGUAUCUCAAUCUAUGACGUUUGCAUCCACCAGUCAUGCUGGAAUCCCUGCACCUCUUAGUUCAGUUAACGUUGCUUCUUCUUCCUUCCCUGGUCUUCCAUCUGCGUCGACCCAUCCGGAUCUCGUUGCUUCCGUUGCAGCUGUGUACGAACAAUGUCAGAAACAACUGUCCACACUUACCGAAACCACAUCACGCCGUCGGAAUCGCCAUCGUCGUGUUAUCUCAGGCCGCAGUGCUACGGGUAAUCGUCGUGGUUAUUCGCGCAGCCUGUCGACCACUGGGGUUUUCUUUCCAGCAUCGAGCACUGUCGGUUCACAAAAAAGUGGUCCCAGUUCGGUCGUUUCGGCGGCCGGCUCAGAACAACCUGGAUCUGUGAAUGAUGAGUCGCUCUCCUUAAUACGGGCAGCCGCAUCUGUGUUUGCUGCUGCUUCCCUACGUGGUAGUCUCAAUCGCAAGCCGCGUCGAAACAACCAGUCGGGUAAGAACCAAUCAAUCCGCUUUCAAUCUUUUGAAUGCAUUCAACUAAUUGCCGUCGGCGCUCGACAUCAGUUACUUCUCUUUCUUCCAGGUUUCGACGGCAGCCAAGCCUCGUCUUCGUCUAUGCGUAGUGCACUGACGCGAAUUACGAUGCCCAAUACUUCCAAUGCUGCUGCGCUCUCGGACGGUCAUGGUAGCUCGACCAACGAUCGCACAGCCCCUUCGAAUUCUAGAUGGUCGGUUUAUCCGGAUACCAAUGCAGCGGCCGAGGAGCUCGGGAGUCGCAUGUCACUUCGUUCGCUUUCCUGUGCAUCAAGUUCUGGAGCCGAGUCUUAUAAUUCCUACCGUCUGCUUGUCAACCAGGCCGGAGCUAGUUGGCGUGAACUAUGGCGCACUCGUAUGCUCCUUAUGGAUGUGCUACGCUGGGUAGAAGUGGUCGCACCUAUGAUGCAACUUCAGCGAAAACGUCGAAGUUCAGACUUAUCCGCUGCGGGUGAUGACGGUACAUCUGUCGGGAGCCAAGAACCGUUACCUCAGCACAAGAGUGCGAUGAACUGGGAAUCGGCGUUAGCCAGCCUUGUCUCUACCCUCAGUUUACCACAGCAGACUCCCGGGACCUCGUGCCAACCACAGCAAUCAGAAGGAACUGCCUGGUCACCCUCAGCGAGCUACGAAAUCCCCGGUGUCCGCCCUCCAGUUUCUCAUGAUCCGGCAGCUGCAUCACUCAAUCCAAUGCUGGCUGCUGCAUUCGCUGCAGCCACAGCCGCGGCAACUUUGGCUUUGCAGCAUCAAAACGAGGUCGCCCCAAGUCGUGAACCGCCGUCAACUGAUUCAUUCUCUCAGAACAUUGCGUUUCCACGAAGUCCUUCACAACAGCAACAACAAAUAUUCCCUCCCAAGAUGUCCCCUGCCGUUCAUCUGCAUCCUGUAUGGUCUGACCAAUACCCUAUGACUCAUCCUCAUUCGUGGUCCCAGCUCCCCGUACCGCCGGUACCACCCAAUCAGCCUCUGGCCAGUACCUCUCAAUCUCCGGUAUGUGCUUCCCAGCCCCCGCAGUUCCCAUGCAGUUCCUCGUCGGUCAGGUUUAACGGAGCUCCAGAUCUGCUUUUGGACCAUGACCGCUACCGUUUAACCGCCUUCUCACCUUCGUGCACUCCUCCGUUUGUGCCCGGUGGUCCUUCUCCCAGAACACCUUCUAUACUUUGCCGCUCACCACCGUCUGUGCAACCCUUCCCUUACCUCAUACCGACCUACGCGUCUUGGCAGCAAGUUCCAUUUCGACCACCCUUUUGUCCUCCGCCGGCAUCUCAAGUACAGGAAUUUCCAAUUCAGAACAUAGCUGGCUCCGUGGUACCGCCCGUACCCGUCCAGUAUGUGCCCACCGAAACAGGUGAACCAAGGCAGUCAAAAUCAUUGCAUGAUAAUGGAUCGAAUGACUCGGAUGCGUUCGACAGCGAAGAGGAAGUUAUAUCAGAUGACGAGACGCCUGGAAUGACAGACCCGAAACUUUCGCCCACAAAUGCCCAUUCCCACUUGCCACACAUGUGCCAGGUGCCUCCUGACAAUUUCAUCCAUGACUUUUCACAAUACCCUCAUCCCUUGGAAUCUUCAAGGUAUUGUCCACCAUCACAUUUCCCCGGAGAGCCAUUUUUCAAUUCUGUAGACCGCUCACUCGCCGAAUCGGAUAUAGCAAAUGUGGAUGAUGGUGAUCUUUCGAGUGUUAGUCAAAGUGCCAGUCAGGUGGUUCCCCGAGAAUCCUCACCAUCAUCUGCGCUUCCGACUGUAGAAGAUCCGGAGGACUUUACCUCGGAACCAGCAUGUUCACCUUCCCAAGCACUUGUUAUGAACGAUAAACUGCCCCACAAAAAACACAUAUUGGAUGGUGUAGAAACGACUAAUUAAUUACUUACUUAUUCGGAUUGCUGCCUUUUCUGUUUCUACGCGUGCAUUUCUUAAGCGCCCAGUGUACUGUUUAUCCGGUGUAAAUUCCAUUCUACCCACGUUGGCUUUUCGCGUUUAGUCUGGUGGGGGUGGUGGUAAAUUUAUGCAAACCAAAAACACUUUCUUACGAUCCAUUCGCCUGGUACAAAUUCAC